CAUUAUCAUCCAUUUCUCCUUCUACGUACACAUUAGUAAUCGCCUUAAGUUUCAUAUAAUUUUAGAGUUCAUCAUUUGAGAUGAUUUAUUGAUGUCAUUUACAUACAUGGAGUCCAAAAAUCUCUUAUUUUAUGUCUCUAUCAAAUUUGUUUCAUAAGCGGGGUAAUAUAUAUUUUUUAUCCAAAUAUUUUUCAGAUUCUUUUAUAUUAUACAAAUCUAUUAAAAUACUAUUAAUUAGAUAAAUCUUUCAUAAUGCAUCAAAAUACUAGCUAUUUUUACGUUAUCGUGAAUAAUUUUGUAACCCUUUUCUUAGUUAAAUACUAAAAUUUUGGAAUGUUGACCUUCAUGUGUAUCUUCCAAGUCAGUAUCAUGUUGCCAAGUCAAUAUUACGAACAAAUAAAAUUGCUAACCGAAAGUUAACAUUUGGCUAAUUCUUACUAUUUCGAUAGAUUUGGCUAAUAAAAAAUUCCAAAAAGGUUUGAAUAAUUAGAAAUUACUCUUUCAUAAAAGAAUAAACAAAAUUUUCUACCAAAAAGAAAGAAUAAACGAAUUAUGAUCAUCAAUUCGUGGCCUAUAAGAUUCAACAAUUUGCCAACGUUCUUAGGAGAAUUGUAAUUUGUCUAUAGUAGCUAGAGUGCCUGCACUUAAGUUAAAAGCUCCACUGUAGUACUAACAUCACAUAUAAUUAAACCCCCUCAAUUAUUAACAAAACCUUAAUUAGUGUUUCUUUCUCACCCAUAUCUCCUAACAUCCUUUACGUACGAAAGUUGAAAAUGGAAGAUAACAUAUGUUUAGUGGUUGCCUCUCCAAAGUGACGAAGUUUCCAAAUCAUAUACCUUCAACAGCAAGUCAUCACUCAUGCAAACGGAUAAAGAUAUAUCCUCACAAAAUUAGCUUCACAAUCACUCCUCCAAACUAUAUAGCUUCAACCAAUGAUCACUAGGCAUGCAACUCCUCAAACCCUAAUACUCGUUUUCUCUCAAGCAAACACAAGUACUAAAUACUAAUCGACAAUUAUGGGUAGCUUCAUAGGGCAUGUCUUGCCAGGCAUUGCCUUCUAUGUAUUUGGCUUGUGGCAUCUCUUCAACAACACAAAACUCCACUUCCAAAACAAAGCCUCCUUCACAACAUCUGCAUGGUUCCCCACAUCAAGGCUCAGGUACUUGGAGCUCAUCUUGAUAGUCAUUGGGAGCUCCAUCUCUGUCUCCAUGGAGCUCUUUAUCGGCCCCAGAAAGCACCAACCAUUUGAUGCAGACGGGACCAUCCCUUCGAACCAUCUACGCAACUUUGAACACUCCUCUAUCUCAAUGUACUUUGCAACCUAUGGCAUUCUCGCCAUUCUCCUCGACAAGUCAGUGCAAGGUUCAACCCUUUGGGACAACAAUAUUGCAAAUCGAAAGGAUUCCCACCUGCGUGAUCAUGUUCAAGGCCUCACUCUCCUAGCUGCAUCUAUGUGCUUCGGUCUCGAGCUCUUCAGCUUCCACUUCCACUCCACCGAUCACAUGGGGGUCGAAGGUCAAUACCACUUGCUUCUUCAGAUUGUGGUGGUGGUCUCUUUUGCAACAACCCUAAUCAGUGUUGGCCUCCCUGGGAGUUUCCUUGUGAGCUACGUAAGGUCUGUAAGCAUUAUGUGCCAAGGCGGGUGGUUCAUAGUCAUGGGGUACAUGCUUUGGACUCCUGAAUUGGUGCCUAAAGGGUGCAUGAUUCACCGAGAAGACGGGCACGAAAUUGUUAGGUGCUCGGGGGAGGAGUCGUUGGAAAGAGCCAAAUCGUUGGUGAACAUCUUCUUUAGCUGGUUCCUCAUCGGGUUCACCACUGGCGCCAUCUUGUUUUAUGUCUGCAUGGUUAACUGUUAUUCGCCUAAGUAUUAUAACAAUGAGAUCACUAUUGGUGCCAGUGCUGCCUAUUGUUGCUUGCCAACCAAGCAAGAAGGUUGUGAUGAGUUUGAAGGAGAGCCGUUGGAGCACCACAUUGAAUUGCAAAAGAAAACUAGAUUUGUGGGGAAAUAGUAGCUGUGUAGUAGAGUUUGUGAAUCAUGGUCCUAAGAUUUGGAAGUAAAGAUAUCAUAUACUGGUAAAGUAUUGCUUUUGUUGUACAAGGAGUAGUAUUGUGGGAUAUAAGAGAAGGGAAUAAGGUUAUAGGUAACGGUUUAAAUUUGGGAAGUCCAAGUGUUUGGACUUUGGAGGGUUCUAAUUCUAUGGUAGAUAGGUAGAAGGGUUGCUUUGAAACGAUUCUUGUUUUCUCUUGUCUUAUAAAUUUCUAGUUGGUUUACGUAGCUUGUGAAGGUGGGAAUGGAGUGUCCAAUUCCAAGCCAAUGGUUGACCCAAAGAUGGAAGCCAUAUAUGCCGAAUAAACUAGAGAUGGAAAUUUAAGGCACGGCAAUGGCAUAUAUAUAUAUAGUAGUCUUUCAUGCUUUCUAGAAAUAUAAUGGCCGGUUUUCAAAUGGCUACUUGUCACACACUCAACUAAAAGCUAUAACUUCUUGAGGCUAUCAUCUUUGAUUAGUGAUCAGCUGAUAAUGACCUAAUUGCUUGCAUGUGUUGAAGUUAAUUAGAUUUUUGGCAGACGAAGUAGAUAUAUACGAGAUUCAAAUAUUAGAAGUUUACGUUAAUUUGAAGAAGAAAAAAAUCGAUAAUAGACAAUAAAAAAAACUGUGUGAGAUUGAAAUGAAUUUACCUUAAAGUAUAGAAAUGAAUAUGUAGUACGAUUCUUUCAUAAUGUAAAAACACGUGGUAGUGAAAUCAAACUUAUAGUAUAUGAUUUUCGAUAAAUAAUUAUUAUAUGGGUAUUUUUGGAUUACAUGUUUUGGAAUUUAUAAUAUUUAUCUCUAUUGCUUAUGGCCCUGUGCCACUGUCUUCUUCUGCUUGAUUAAUUAUCACUCUGGGGAAUGGGGUUGGUAUGAAUCUGUUGGCUACCUCCUGCUUUAGUAAUUUGGUUUUGUUGGGAAAGAUAUCUAUAUCUGAUUAAUUAAUUCUUAAUGACAUGAUGAUUUUGUUUUGGGAAUUUGGAGUGAAGAUUAGGGAAAACGAUGGGAAGCUUUUCUUCUGUCACAAGUAAUUAAUAUUGGGUUUGUUUUCCCCCGCACUGUUUAACAAAAGUAAUGGUCACAUUAUUAGCCAUCGAUCAGGGUCCUAUGGUCCUUUUCUCUUCCAUACACAUUAGUAAUCGCCUUUUAAGUUUCAUGGAAUUUGGGAGACAUUUGAGAUUAUUUAUUGAUGUCGUUUACAUACAUGGGAUGACGACAAAAAAUAAACUACGUAUGUUUAGGUUGAUCAAGGAAGUUAAAUUCAACUUAGAACAACACUUGAGGAUGAGUUUUAGUUUAGUGUUUUUGGGUAUAGAUCGAGGAGAUCUGACAGGUUAAGAGAAUAUAGAGAGUCCCAUUUUUGUGAGGGAAGAAAGAGAGAGGAAGUCCCCCCUCGUAGAGAUUUUUUUUAGGCUAGAGCUUGAUUUAGCUCUAGCUUGAGUUUUUCGCUAUUGAUUUAGCUCUCUUUAAUUUGGACCUGUCUUGGGCUCAAACGUAACUGAGUUUCUGAGAUUAUGGCAUAAAGAUCUUUUGUUUAUGUCUUUAACAACGUCUUUUGAUAAAAAAGAGUAAAAUAUUAUGAUAAGCAAUUCGAAAAUGUGCCAACGUUUAGGAGAUUUGUAAUUUAUUGGGUUAUAGGUAUAAUAUCCCUUCUACUAUGUCAUUUUAUCAAACAUGCCCAUUAACUAUUUUUUUAAUCAAUUAUGCCCUUGUAUUUUGGGAAAAUGAUCAAACAUGCCAUUUUGUCAAAAUUUAGAUCCAAAAACCGUUAACCACGGUCGAACUUUGGUUUGUAUGACAUAAAUCUCUAAAAUAUCCCUACUAAUUUCAUUAUAGAAUUUUUUUGGCUCUUUUGUAUAGCCAAAUAAUUCUAAUAAUUUUAC